AUGGUGGCCAAAGUGUAUACCCUCAAUGGCCCGAGGAAUGUGAAAAAGGCGUACGUGAAAUUGCCGCCCGACGUGAACGCGUUGGAUGCGGCAAACAGAAUUGAUGAGGCUGUGAGGGGCUUUGGAAGAGUGCGGGAUGAAAUUCAGCCUCUCACUGACUUUGGAUUUGAGCAUCUCCCGGACACAGAACUCAUAAAUCGAAUGCGCGUGGCUAGUCGACACUUGCGCAUGAUUGCGCAGAUGAGUUGUGCGAAAUACCUAGUUUAUGAGGUGGAGAGGACGGAAGUUAAAGCAGAUCUUGGAGUAGUCAUUCGUUACACCUAA